AUGCACGCGACUACGACUCCUCGCUCCCAAUCCAAUCCGUCCCGCGGGCCCCUUCCCGGUCUCGUCUCGUCCAAGGCGUUGCCCUUUGCUUACGGUACUUGCGCAGCCGCGGCCGACGACACCGCUUUAGAUGCUUCGCCCCUGUCGACGCUGAAUUCGGCCUCGACUGGCAUCGCCAGCAGCAUGUUUGGGCGUGGCAGCACGGCCCCGAAGCACGCAUUCGCAAGCUCGGCCACCAUACGAAGUGUCCCGAGCCUCGAAGGGUCCGAGUCGAGUCCCGACAGCAAGCGCAGCGCCUUCUCCAGCAGCAUCAACAGCACCGCGAGCGUCACGUCCCCGAUGGGCCGCAGCCACCACGAGAGCACGCCGCCGCCGGUUGCCAGGUUAAAGGGCGAUGCGAGCGGCGAGAUGCCCACACGGUGGCAUGCCAAUGGCGUCCGCACCUUGGAGCCAUCCUCCAGUCCCGACUCGCCCAUGCUGUCCGACGGCGCCGAGGCCGAGGCCGGUCAGUGGGACUCGACCAUCGGAAAGGCCGGGCUCGGCAAGACGGGCCGGGUCAUAAACAAGCUGGUCAGCGACAACGAUGGCUUGAAACGGGACAUCCGCAUCGAGCGGCUACGGGCCGAGGAGGCCAAGCAAGCCGCCAAGCUUGUCGAGGACAAGAUGGAGCGCAUGAUAAGCGACUACGAGGGACGGCUGCUCGAAGCCAACGUCACCAAGACGCUGCUGGCGAGAAAGGAGCGCCAGGUCGAGACCUUGACCGCGACGGUCGAGGCGGAGAAGAAGAAGGCGACGGCGGCCAUGCAACGAGAGAAGAGCUGGCGGGAAGCGCUCGACAAGGCAAAGGCCGAAUCGGACAGGCAAGUGGAAGAGGCAACGAGCUAUGCGCAGUUGAUGGAGGGUCGAUACAACGCCAUCUCCUCCCACUGGCGGGACCAGGGCGAUCAGGUCGAGCGGGCCGUCUCCAAGAUGAAGCUUGAAAUCAGCAGCAUCGUCGAGGAGCGCCGAUCCGACGACGACAAGAUCCAGACGCUGCGGGAUCUGUGCGAGCAGCAGAACAACAACAUCACCGAGCUGAGGCGGGAAAAGGCAGAGAUUGCCCGCCUCUUUGACGAGUACAAGCGGGUGCAGGACGACGACCUGCGGCAUAUCAAAUCGAGCGCGAAGCAAAGGGAAGAGGAGCAGGAGAGGCUCCUCGACGAGUCGAGGGCGGCGUUGGCCAAGCUGAAGUGGGCGCUGAACGUGAAGAAGAACGUCAAGGAUGCCCGAUGA